AUGAGUCACGCUCGCACAGCCCCUCCAGUCCGUGGCGGCUUCGCCCCUGCAGCGAGUCCGUCUCAGCCGCCAGCCCCACAGCCUCGCACACAAAGAGCGGACCGCCGAGCGAGAGAUUGCGUCGUCGCCGGAGACGCCCGAGCCCACUCGGCGGCCCCAUUCCGCAUGACAAGCGCCCCACUCCGCUUUCGCUUCGCUUCCCAUCCCCCCACCCCGAACAUUCUUUUUUUUCUUCGCCCACCGCGCUUCGGCGGGAAACGCGAAUGGAUGGGGAUGGAAAAAUGGGCCGUGGAGAAGGAGAGAGGGAGCGGCGGCGACGACCCCCACUCCGACUCGCUCUGUGUGUGACUGCUGUCGUGGCGGGCGUCCGCGUUUGCCCCCUCCCCCAAAAUCGGGCGGCCACUCUGCUUCUCUGCCCGUCUCCAUCCCUCACACGCUAUCUCGCACCAACUGUUAUCGAUUUUUGUGUCGACACAGGGUUGAGGGAUUGUGAAAUGGGUGGAAAACAAAAAUAUUUUGCCGGAACUUGUCGUACAGCUUCGAUCUUUACAAUUGCAGUUGUGAAUUGGCGGACUGUACAGGUUUGGUCGUAUAAAGUGGUCGUUUGGUAUUCAAAUCUUGCUGAAUGUUUAUCUGAGCGAGGAAUUGGGCGCCGGCUCAAUCCUCUUUCCCCUCCGCCGAACAAAAGGCCCCGCUGCGAGAGAGUGUGGGCCACUGAGAGAGCGUCAGAGACGGAGAGUGGAAAGAGAGCACGGAGAAAGAGGAGAGCGGCCAGAAGGCGAAAGGAGAAGGCAGCAAGAGCCGGCGAACAAAAAGCCCCAUAAAAAGAGAAUGUGGGCCGUGAAGAGAGGGCGAGAGAAAGAGAGAAAAAGAGUGUGCGACAAGCAGAGAGUGGCCAGAGGGCAAAAGGAAACAACUCCGGCCCCAUUCGAACAAAAGACCCCGUAA